AAGCGGCACACCCUGGGAACAAAAUAAUAAACAAUAUCGAUUGGUUCACAUUAUCGGUGAACAUUCUUGCCGGACGCUUCAGGAACACGCUAUAUAUAUGCAGAACCAUGUAGAAUAUGAACCAAGAUGAAGCAGAAUAUCUACGACGUAGAAUUAGUGUCAAGUCGGACAGGGCGUUGGACAAUAUAGCCGAUCUUCGUAACUUGGAUACAUCACAAAGCACCAUAUACAGCCCAACCCGCGAAAGGAUGUUUAGCAACAGUUACAGGGGGGAUCGGGACGGUGAUGUGGAUCCUCCCCAUCACUACCCACCAGAAAAUGAGCUGGUGGAAGUUACUGGGCCAUCAAACUCCAGGCACAUAGACAAGGGCGAUCAAGCCGCAGGGGAGACAACCCCAGUAAAGAGGCUGAGGAUGAAAUCUGACCUCAUUGGCAGUCAAAGGGAAGGAUCAAAACCAGGACCGGUAGAACGUCAGUUAACAGACACUUAUAUAGAGUCAUUGUCCCGCACACCUCGCUACAAUUCACAAACAGAUUAUAACAAAAUGGUGGAUCAGCUGGCCGAGAACGAUCCAUUCUGCGGGGAAUACACUCCGUCAGGGAAAUCAAAGAAAGCACAACACAGAAAGAAAAAGCACAAACACAAUAGAGAAGACUCGGAUAUACCGAUGGACGAUACGGAUGGCUCGCCACCUAAAAAAUCAGAAGGAAAGUUUUCCGGAAAAAAGAGGAAAUCUAAGAAAGGAUCUGGUUCUAGAGAUAGCACAGGGACUUUUACCGUAGAAGGACAUUCCAAUCCGUCGUUUGAGAGAUCUGUAGAUGUAUCGGUGGACAAACACGAGGCAGAAUCGGUUCAAAGCAACGGUACAUACACACUUAAAAGAGAGGACUCGCUAGCAAGUCUGAAAGGCUUCCAUCCGCCUGUCACAAGAAACGAUACAACCAACAGCUUCACCAUCAAACGUUCGUCAAGCAAAAGAAAGACCAAAGUAGGCAUAGACAGGAUUGGGUUUACAAAUUUUGUGAAAGAAAAUAUCCUACAGAGAGAACCUAAAAUACAGGAGAAUGCUACAACAAGCUCGGGGAAAAAUGCAGGAAAAGACUUUUCCAACAUGGAUAAAGGCAAGCAUGUGUGGCACUACCAUACACACACCAUCAGGAAGCCCUGCGACUCCUACGGGGAGAUUGAGUUCCAUGGCUACGGGCACGAUACAGAGUCUUCCCCUUACAUCAGACUGGCCAAUGACACGCAGCCGGAGCUGGUACUGGAUAUCAUCCUAAACUACUGGAAACUGCCCACACCAAAGCUCCUCAUCUCCGUCACUGGGGGUGCCAAGAGGUUCGACAUGAAACCAAAACUGUUGGAGAAGUUCAAACGUGGCCUUAUCAACGCAGCUACUAGCACAGGUGCCUGGAUCAUUACCGGUGGGACGCACACAGGUGUGAUGGAGAUCGUCGGGGAAGGUGUUCAAGAGUAUGUCCUCACUUAUGGAAAACAGAAGGACAUCGUCUGUCUGGGAGUACCUUUGUGGGGAGUCAUCGCCAAUAAGGACGCUCUAGAUGAGGAUGAAAAUGGAAAUUUCCCUGCGAUAUACUCUAAAGAAGGUCUGGAUGCAGAGAAAGGGAAGAAAACGAUACCACUAGAUCACAACCACACCCACUUCGUCAUCGUGGAUGAUGGAUCCCGUGACAAGUUUGGGGGCGAGAUUGAAUUCCGGGCUAAUCUGGAAAAGACCAUCUCACACAUGUCGUGUGAUUCCGAGGGCAUGUCCUCCAAUCUCCAGGUGAACACACCCGUCAUCUCUCUGAUCGUAGAAGGGGGUGUCGGGACCAUGAAGACCGUUUCGGAGUCUAUCAAAAACGGAAUUCCUGUGUUAGUUCUGGAGGGAACUGGAAGGGCGGCAGAUUUCAUCGCCGCUGGUUACCUCUUCACCAAGGACAUCAUGAAUGAAGAUAGGAGCCAUUUUCCUCCGCACUACCAGCAAACCAUGGAGGAAAUCGCUACCAACAACUUUGAGUGGAAACCUGGUGAGACCAACAAACCUGCCAAGAUAUCUCUGUGCCUGAAACAGCUGGAAUCCUGCCUCAAAUCACGAAGAAUGAUAACUGUGUUCAACUUAGGUGAUGCUGAAAACAAAGACCUGGAUAAAGCCAUCUUGAAUGCCUUGUUGAAAGCGACUGUGGAUAGUGAGGAUGCUAAUAAAUCCAACCAAUCGGCCCAGUUGUCCCUUGCCCUGGCCUGGAACAGAAGUGAUGUCGCCAGAAAUACAAUCUUCUCCUCUUCAAAGAAGACCAUAUUUGGUGCUUCACUACACGACGCCAUGACGACCGCCUUGAUCCAGAACAAGAAAACGUUUGUCAAACUUUUCCUGGAGAAUGGUGUGGAAUUGAAGGACUUCCUCACUGUCAAAAACCUGUGGAAUCUGUACGCGAAUUGUCUCAAUGACAAGACUGACCGGUCAGCCCAACUCUUCAACAACCUCAUCAUGUACCUCAAGGUUGGCCGUGGGGACAAAUCCAAGCAAACCUGGGGAGCCUACCUCUGUUGCCGACCAGUAGAACACCUUGGCAACCAGCCAGAACUGGUGGAACUUGUGGGAAAGACCAUUGUUCACAUAGUUGGAGACGAGGCAAUAAAUCCGUACGAUGGUUCAAAAACUGAUAGAUUUAAAGUGUGCGACGUGGAUCCUUGUAUGGGGUACAUCGUAGAUGACAAAGCGACGGAAAAGUCAAUGGCUGGGAAAAAAUGGAGGCAUGUCAAACAUGAUUUUGAGCUACCAGAGAGGGAGUUAUUUCUAUGGGCGCUACUGCUCAAUAGAAUGGACCUGGCUAAACUCUUCUGGAAGCUAGGAAAGGACCAUUUAGGUACAGCCCUGUUGGCAGCAGCCCUCUUGAAAGGUCUUGCUAAGGUAGCUGAUGGGGAGGAAGAGAUUGAGCUCAGUGUAUCAUUGGAGGAAAGUGCUUUGAUGUUUGAGAAACUGGCCGUGGACGUGUUAUCCCACUGUUACAAACAUAACAAGGCGCUCGCCCAUCAGUUACUGGUACGACAGCUCGUAGACUAUGGUAACACUACCCUCCUGCUCCUAGCUGACGCCCACGAACUCAUGGACUUUAUGGAUCACACCAGCUGCCAAACCAAACUGAACAGCGUGUGGAAAGGACGCAUGGCUCUCUAUACCUCUACAUAUAAGAUACUUGCUGCUAUGGUGAUACCAUUCCUUAUUCCGGCCAUUAAGUUUACCUCGAACAAAAAUCCCACCGAGUACCUGGAUGACGACGAUGCGUUGGACUAUGACAACCUUGGCGAGGCCAUGGCAGGGGAGGGAACUGCGAUCAUCAGUAACAGCAGGGUCGCCCCGGAAACAGAAAGUAGAUCAAAACAAAUCAAGAGAAAGCUGUACCAAGUCAGCUUGGCAGGAACUGGGAAGGACGGCAUCAGUUUAGUUUCUGCAAUAUAUCACUUCUACACCGCGCCAGUCACCAAGUUCUAUUGGUACACGGUGGCGUACCUCGCUUUCCUUGCAAUCUUUUCAUACUUUGUGUUGACGAACCUACAUCCGACGUCCAGCGUCAACUCACCCUCCAAUAUAGAGUAUGUCACAUGGGGCUGGACCAUCACCAUGGUGAUAGAGGAAGUCAGGCAGGUAUUGACACGCGACCAAAGAUCCUUGGUUCACAAGCUUCGGAGCUGGUACUCCAGUGUGUGGAAUCGGUUCGAUUUGAUCAUGUAUCUGUUGUUCAUGCUGUCGGUGAUCCUGCGGUUCGUGCUGAGCGAGGACAACUUCACCUGGGCCAGAAUGACGUACAGUAUCACACUGGCCAUGUACUUUCUCCGAUUUAUGCAGGCCUUCUUUGUUGAGAAAAACAUUGGACCAAAGGUCAUCAUGAUUCGGAAGAUGUUGACUGACCUGAUGUUUUUCUUCGCCAUUCUUGCCGUGUUUGUGCUGAGUUUUGGCAUUGCCUACCAGGCCAACCUGUUCCCUAAUGACCCUCCGUCCUGGAAACUUCUCAGACAGGUGGUUUACCUCCCCUACUGGCAAAUGUAUGGCGAGCUCUUCCUGGAGAACAUGGAAGGUGAGGAGCCAAGUUCUUGCACUACCAACGAGACAUUGUGGCGGUCCGGAGCACAGGCCCGCUGUGCCGAGAAUAAUGCAAUUGUGCCAUUACUACUGGCCGUUUACAUGCUGCUGACCAACAUCUUACUGGUCAAUCUGCUCAUUGCAAUGUUCAGCGACACGUUUCAGAAGGUCCAAGACAACUCUCUGAAGGUGUGGCGGUUCUACAAAUUCUCGCUUGUCUACGAGUACUACGAGCGGCCAUCCGUUUUCCCUCCGUUUAUCAUCCUUAACCAUGCUUUCCGAGGAGUACGUUGGCUCAUGCACAAGAGCUUUCGGAAAUUAAAUUACCAUGACGAUUUCAAGCUUCACCUGUCCGCCAGGGACAACACCCGUCUCACAUUGUUUGAACGAGAGGCUGUGGAGGAUUAUCUUCACACGACACGGGAGUUGAAACGGGAGCAGCUCGACUCCAAAGUCACCAACACGUCGGAGAGACUGGAGAAGGUGAUAGAUGAACUUGACAACAUCAAAGAUUCCGUAACCAAGGCCUCCGACCACAAAAAUUCUCUCAUGCAGACCGUGACGGACGUAACGCCACGCGAUGUGUCAAGUAGUCUUCUUACCAGUCGGUCAGCAAAGACUACCGUUCCUCAGGAUCCGCGGCUACAGGACCAGAUGGACCAACUGUCUACUUACGUACGUGAAGAGCUCACCUCCAUCCACAACAGCAUGCACAACAUACAGGCGAUGCUGAGGGAGAACCAGCGACAGGCGGUCACUUCUCCGUCGCUGGACAUCACACAUGUUGCCGCCUCUCAGGACGUGUAAAGCGGUCAAAACUGGACAGCACAAAAUUAGUGCUACUGACUGGCAGUGUAACAGGCAUCAGUUCUGACAUCACACACAUUGCCAUGUCUAGAGAUGCAUAAAGGGAUCAACAUCGGACAUCACACACGUUGUCGCUUCAGAUAACAUACAAGCUGUGGCCACUUCUGUCUGUGUUUAAAGUGGUCAAGACACUGUAUGCAGUGGUCAGAACUGGACAUCACAUAUAUUACUGUGGUUUCUGACAACAUAUGAAACGGUCAGUACUGGACAUUGCACACUGUAGGUGGCCACCAAAAUUAUGACAGCUAAAGUGGUUGGGGGGAAAAAAUGCAUUAACUCUUAAAUGUUAACGGAACAAAAGAGAAUUUGAUUUUGAAUCUAUUUUCGUCCGGAAAACAAACAUUCUCUGUAUUGGCCUGCUUUUUGAUAACUAUAAAAGAAUUGAAAUUCAAUAUAUGGCUACACUUCAAAGACUACUAGGGGUCUAAUAUUUCUUUCACCGGCAAAAUCACAUCUCAGGUCUUGCAGUUCCUAACUCUAUAUAAUACACAACUUAGAGAGGAUUAAUAUUUGUCGUUAUUCUCGCGGUUUUGAAAGAAAGUUAGAAACCCACACCUCGACAUUUUAACAUUGUCAGAUGAUAGACGAUGACAAAUACUCAAGAAAGCAAUUUAAAUAUUUUUGUAGUAAAUUACUCACAUUUUAUAUUCUAACCAAUAUAACAUAACUGUAAAUAUCAAUUGUUCCAUUUUCUAUUGCUAUAAACACUAACACUGUAUCUGUUGAGACAAGAAAAUAUCGCAUUUUUGACUUUCAUCAUGGCAGCUUCUCUGUUCAAGGUUCUUUAAAUGUGAUUUUUGUAACUAUGGGUUUUUUUUAUUCCCUGUCUCAUGAUAACUCAUGCAUUUCCUUGCUGAACUUUACAUAUCCCGACUCUUAACGAGAGUUAUAUAUACUUGUAGCUCAAUAAUCAAGCUACCUUUGUUCCCAACAAAAAUGGUUGAAUUGUGAGACAGCUGUGUUUCUGGGACAACUUUUUACAGAAAAAGGCCAAAUUGUCCUGUAAGACACUGACUGAGGGAAGAAGUUAACUUGAUUGACAAUUUUUUCAACUGCAUUCAUAAUUACAGAUGACAGAUCUGAUGGAGUUAAAGCAAAACAAUUGGUCCAUUUUUUGUUUGAAAUUGUCCACAUAUUAUGAUAUCAAAAGAAUACACUGUAAAUUUUAUGAAUGUUAUGUAUUUUAUAAAUUAAUUUUAGACGAUCAAAUGUCAUUUGAAUAUAACUCAUCGUUUAUGUGUUUUAAAAUUUUAGUCUUGGUUUCACAACCGUUUACAGAGUGUGCCUAAAUUUAUAUAUUUCAUUAAGCUCCAUUUUGGUGACACUUUUUACUCAUUUGCAUAUAAUAUUACAUGUCACUGAUUGGUUGGUGAUGCCUCAUUUGCAUAUACAUGUCACACUGAUUGGUUGGUGACACAUGCUUAUUUGCAUAUUUCUUCACUGGUUAGUCAUUAGCAACAAUAUAUAUAUAACUUGUCUGUGAUAUUUUUGUUGUUGAUCAUAUACAAUUGUUUAU